AUGAGCUCAUCCGACCAAAUUUCCCGAACUUAUCCCAAAACCGGCCUGCGCGCCAUCACGCCCGCCUCAAACUGGGCCGACGACGACAAGUCGCACCCGGGCUUUGUCGUCCACGGUACCGACGACAACCCGGGCAAAAAGGCCUACUACAUCCACCUCGAAGCCAAGCCGGGCAAGGAGGAGCUCGUGGCCGAGUUCCUGCGCGACAUCAACCGGGGCGUCCUCCAGGAGCCGGGCACCGGUCCUUGGUUUGGUCUCCGCUACUCGCAGACCACCUUUGCCAUUUUCGAGGCCUUUUCGUCCUCUCAGCAUCGCACCGAUCAUGAUAAUGGGCCAGGUGGGCGUAAUUUCUUACGUGUUGACUUGCUCAAGGAUAUGUUGGCGUAUCCGGCCCAGAUUCACAGGCUGGACGUGUUGCAUGGAAAGGGUGUGUUUGGACAGGAUCUGCUGCCGCUGCCGGAGCCUUGA